UAACACACACCUCACACACACACUAACACACACCUCACACACAUCAGCCGUACUAAGGCUGAAGCUAGGAGAUCUAUGCUUCUGAAGACUGGCCCUGUGUCUUCGCUUUUAUCCAGCUUUAACUGUCAUCGUUUUCCAGGCUAAAAUGUUGUGUGUUUUCUUGAUGUUUUCUCAGGGAGAUGUCCCACCCUCCACCUCUGCUGUCUCCUCAGAACGCCCCCCACAUAGCCCUGGGCCCCCACCUGAGGCCACCCUUUCUGGGCAUGCCUUCCGCCCUUUGCCAAGCUCCUGGCUAUGGCUUCCUCCAGCCUGCCCAAGCUGAGAUGUUUGCCCGGCAGCAGGAGAUGCUGAGGAAGCAGAACCUGGCUCGGCUGGAGAUGUCCGCUGAGCUGCUGAGACACAAGGAGCUGGAGAACCUCCACAGGCAGCAGCAGCAGCGUCUCCUGGGCUCUGAUUCCCUGUCCGGCCUGCCCCCCGGCAUCCCCCCGGACCACCCCGCCCUGCGCUCCCUCCACGACAUCCCCGAGGGACACCCCCUCCGCGAGGAACUCAGCCGACGCUCCAACGCCAUGCUGGUGCUCCGCCACGGCAGCAACGCGCCCCUGCUGGCCCUCAACCACCAGGCCACGGCGAGGGCCACCACGCCCAAAGACUCCCAGGAACAGAGCUCCGCGUCCGGGCCCAGCUCCAGGAAGGGCUCCCGCAAGGGGCCCCAGACGCAGGUCCGCGGCGGGGCUCACCAAGCCGCGGACCACAGAGGGAGUCUCGGAGAAGGGCGAGAGAGGGAAGGAGACACAGAGGGGCAGGAUGAGGAGAUGAAGGACUCUGAUAGUGAGGCGGAGGCGGGCGAGGAGAGGCACGAGGGCUCGGGUGCCAAGGCUAGCGACAGACUCCACAGGGACAGAGACGGCUGCCCGGGGAAAGAGCCCGGGGGCAAAGGUGCGUGUGAGGGUGCGAAGGAGGCCGGCGAGGGCUCGGGGCGACUCAGCGCCCCCUGUAGCUCGGUGGGGGCAGAGUCGCCCAGUCAUCACAUCUUCACCCCGGGCCUGGGCAAGAGUGAGGUCAAGUACCACCUGCCACCUGGAGCCUUGCCCCAUUUGCCCGCUUUCCACGGCCAGACGCUGCCCUUCGGAUUCCCCUACGCCAACCCCUACUUCCACACCGCAGCAGGCUCUAUGGGAGGCCUGUUCCUGGAUGGAGAGGACUCGUCUACGGCGCCCCCGGUGGAGGACAUCAGCAAGUGGAGCGUGGAGGAGGUGUGUGGCUUUGUUGGCAGCCUGGCUGGAUGCGCUGAGUACACACAGGUGUUCCGGGAGCAGGCCAUUGAUGGAGAGACCCUGCCCCUGCUCACAGAGGAACACCUGCUCAACACCCUGGGACUGAAGCUGGGGCCCGCCCUCAAGAUCCGCUCCCAGGUGGCGAGGCGAGUUGGCAGGAUCUUCUACAUGACCAGCUUCCCGCUGGCACUCCCCCUUCCACCAUCUGCCCUGCGCCCCCCAGACAGGGACCCCCUGCCGUCAGAGACCCCCCUCGCCCACCGGCCUGCCUCUGCUAGCAGCAGCUCUUCCCCCUACAGUGGCCCCGCCCCUUCUUCACGCUCCUCCCCCAAGCAGGAGAAUGGCAAUGUCUCUGCUUCAGCAGGCUACGAGGCCAAGACCCCCUCGUAGGAUAGACGGGGGCCGGUUGCCCCGUCGAGAGGGCGGGGCAAGGGGAGGUAGGCAACAACCUCCGCCCUGAAUAACUCUUGAGUGGAAUCUCCUCUCUGAACUUCACCCUUCAAGAACUAUACGCUGAGGCUGAAUAGACGUUUUGAGGAACAAACUGAAAGACAGGAAAAAUGACAAAAUGGACAGAAUCAUGCAUCGCAAUCAACCUCCAGCUCUGCAGCAUUUUCUGGCUGAGCAGAAUCCAAAGACGGGGAAAAUGGGUAGGAGGGAGAGAGACAACGGGAGAGAGAGAGAGAGAGAGCGAGAGAGAGAAAGCAGACAGCUGGUCUUAGACAGCUUGCCAAAAAAAAAAAAAGAAGAAAAAAAAAAGGAGCGAAGCCCCACAAACACGACAUUCUUUUGAGUCAGACAGACAGACGCUAGCGGAAACCCUUCCUUCCUGGACUGGAGGAAGCCCCCUCUCUCACUCUGCCCGUCUGUCUUUCUGUCUGCUCCCCAACACACUCUGCGGCGCCCGCCACUUUAAAAGGAACGCCUCUUCCCUCUUUCCUAUUCCUCUUCUUCUCUCUCCAUCUUCUUCUCCCUCGCAGGCUGUGGAGCUCCUGGGGCUUAGAGGAGCCGUACAUCAAAGCUGGAGCCGAAGCAUAUGGCUCAACAGGAACUUGUAACUCUCUUGUUAUUGCAACUAUGCAUUCCACUGUCCAAUACCAAAGAUGAGUGGAUGAGUGGAAUUGGAACGAUAUUUAAUGUUGUUUCUGGUUACAAGUGGUUUUUACAUUGUAGGACGACAUAACUGGUCAAGUGGGGGUUGGGGGGACUGGUCUGGUACCUCAAAUGGAGGGAGUGUUAGUUAAAAGGGGGCUCUUUUUAAGGUGACACCAAUACCACACCUCAUGUUUGAUGUUGUACUGGGCUGGUUGUAAGGUCGGUCAUGUGCUCAAACUACAGUGAAAGAUCCAUGGCUUUGGCUCGUCGGACUAACGUCUUUUCGAAAUGAUCGUGGUGACUACUGUGGCUGACGAAAACAGAAAGAAUUGUACAGAAUCACGUUUUAAGAUGAAAAUAUCCUGAAGGUUAUGUACGUGGUACUUUUUUUUUGUAGAUGCACGAGUAAAAUUUUCUGUUGACUGAACAAAAAUUGACAUGCUAACUUUGGUGGUACUUUUGUUAACAUUUUCUGUUUGACGAUUGUAAAAUUAAGGACAUCCCGAUCUUGAAUGCUACUUCAGCAUAUAAAUGAGGAAAAAUAGUAUUUAUAGGACUUUUGAUGUAGUUAGACAGAUUAUGAUACAGUAUGUAUGGAACCCAAAGAACCUUUUUCUUUAUUUUCUCUUUGUUGCAGGGAAAGGAAAGGCACAAAGCUCUUAAAUGCAAAUCUUUGAAUUUAUGGAUUUUUUUUAACUAUGUUGUAAGCAAUGAAUAAAAAAAUGGUUUAGAUUUCCCAUU